UUUCCUCUGCAGAUGGUGGCUUGCAUACCGCAAACAGUCACGAGGCAUUGUUUCUGUUUGGUUCCAAUGGGAGAUCGCAAUCUUUGAGAUCAAUUCUGAUGGCUGUUGAAGUAAACUGUGAUCUGUUGAGGAGACACCGCCAUUUCACCCAUCCCUCUUGGUACCCCGAUCACAAAGAUUCUGAAACAGCAACAGUCGAGCUGAACGUGAGGGAAAACCAUCAAAAUGCUACAACGCCAUCAGGGCAGAGCAACCAGAUGCCAGCACUAGAUGAGAGGCUGAACUUUGGAGAGGACGAAAAGUCGCGCGAUCGUCGGUGGCCCACCUGUUUCGCCUUCACCACAUGCAACCUGAGGAAUUCCAGCUGGCAACCUCACCCGAAGAUCAGCCCCCGAUCACAGGCCGUUUGUGUCGAACGUCCCAGUUUCGGCUUACUUGGCAGUACGAGGAUAAGACUAGGCCUUGAACCAUCACCACCCAUCCACAGGCGAAAUACAUGUGCAAAUGCACAGCGCGAUGUGGAUGAAAACAUCGCCUCCAAAUGCAUGUGUGCCGAAGACGUAAACGAAUCUGCUCGACUGUAUUCCGUGAGGCGCUCGUGUUUUGGGCAAAGCCGCUGAAGUCUCUCGAGGAGUGCACACACUGAUAGGACUGAUGCCAAUCUUACGAGAUUGGACACUCGCAGAUCAGACAUGCACGCUGACGCUUAUGGGUACAUCAUCAUAGCACACGAUACAAGAUGUUGUUCUUGAUGCCAGUUUGGCGGGUCACUUCUUCCUGUCUACCCUGUGAAUUCGAUGGCAUA